AUGGCUGAUGAUUCUCAGUCAAAUGUAAGUAGAUUAUACGUUUAAACUGUGUUUAUUUGAUUGUUUUAAUCGUUAUUCAGGCCAUAUACUGCGGAUUCAGGGAGACCGUUUAAUGCGAAUAGUUGUCGCGUUAGUUUUAACAGUUGUACGAUGACGUUUCUAGGCAGAUUUUCGACGUUUCUAAGGCGUGGCUUCAACGUUUAUUUUUAAAAUUUGAACGUUGUAAUUACAAGGUAAUUGCUAAAUAAUAUACUUCAAAAUAAGGUUUUCGUUUAUAUAACGUAGAAAAAAUCAUCCUAACGCAAAACUAAACCCUUACCUAACCCUAACUUAUUUAAAAAAAUGAUAUAAAAACGGAAACCUUAUUUUGAAGUAUAUUAUUUAGCAAUUACCUUGUAAUUACAACGUUCAAAUUUUAAAAAUAAACGUUGAAGCCACGCCUUAGAAACGUCGAAAAUCUGCCUAGAAACGUCAUCGUACAACUGUUAAAACUAACGCGACAACUAUUCGCAUUAAACGGUCUACCUGAAUCCGCAGUAUUUCGAGAUAGGAUAUGCCACAUGUUUGCCUACUUGAAGGUACGAGUUAAUGAUCGCCUUCUAUUUCUGUUGCCUUGUAGAGCAACGUUACUCCAGAUGUCGCGAUCCACCAGGCGGGCAUUGGAGAUCAGGGGGAAAGUAUAAAUCGAGUGCAAAUCGAGAAAAUUGUGGCUGAAACUGUGGCAAAGAAUAUGCCAAUUAUGCUCACCUCCUUUCUGGCAUCUACGGGUUUUCAACCCCAACAAAUUGUCAACCAGGCUCCCCAACAAGAACGGGAUGGCACACCUGAAUCAUCUCCACCUCCUUUGAGAAGUGAGAGAUGUUAUAGUAAAGAUCCAUCAACUACCAUUACUGAUGAUCUCAUUGAGCUUUCCAGGAAAGCAUUUUCGACUGCCCUUUCAAGAGAAAAGUGGCUCGAACUAGUCCAGUCAUAUCCCACCAUAAAGGAUACUGAUUCCUUUUUGAUAGACCCUAAAUUAGAGGCUGGUAUGAAGGAAGCUUUGCGUAAGCAUCAUGGCCAUUUCAAAACCAAGAUGUUUUGGCCUUCGAUGAGGGUUUGGCUGAACAACAAGCCCCCUUUGUUAUGGUGACCCGCCCUUUAUUAGCGGCCCUAAUGGCCUUGGAUUAUCCUGGCGAUGAGGGAGAUGGCCCGGACCCUGCUGACUCUAUCAAGGACUACCUUGAGGAUGCACUGGUUAUGCUGGGGAAUGCACAUGUUAGGCUAAACAAUUGGCGUCAGAGACGCUUUAGUGAAUUUCUCACCGACAUUGGAAAGCGUACUCUAAAGGAAGGGAUUCCAACUGACAAGCAUCUGUUCCCAGAUAAAUUCCAUGAGAAGAUCAAGGAUGAUCGAGCAUGA